AUGACGGAUGAGAGUGUCGACGCAGUGGCACUCAACGUUGAGGAUGCCAUAUUGUUGGGGCAGAGGCUAGCGUUGACCUUCCGGCACAUCUGUUAUCGCCGCAAGGAUCUAAAUGGUGGACGUCCGAAGGAUAUCAUCAAGAAUGUGUCGGGAAAGUUUCAACCUGGUCGGUUGGUGGCAAUACUGGGCCCGUCCGGUGCAGGGAAGUCUUCGCUGUUAGGUAUUCUGUCCGGGUUGAGACAAACGGGUUUUAUAGGCACGAUUGAAGUGAAUGGAUUGAUGCUGGAUAGAGGCAAGUACCGUCAGCAAUGCGUCUACAUCCAGCAGGACUUCAACCUGAUCGAGCACCUAACAGUGCUGGAAACGAUGAACUACGCGGCGGAACUGAAGCUGCCCAACAAAUCCGAAAUGGUGCGCAAGAAGAAGGUGAACGAUAUCUUGCACAUCCUGGGUCUCGACAAUGGUAUGCGCACGCUGGUGAAGAAACUGUCCGGCGGCGAGAAGAAGCGCCUUUCGAUCGGCAUCGAGUUGGUGAGCAAUCCGCCAAUAAUUCUACUGGACGAACCGACGAGCGGGCUGGACAGUGUGUCCGCCAUGGAGCUGCUGAGCUACGUCAAAACGGUCGCCAGCGAGGGCCGUACCGUGGCCUGCGUCAUCCAUCAACCGUCGUCCAGUUUGUUCCAGCUGUUCGACGACCUGUACCUCCUGUCCGGUGGGAUGUGCAUCUACAACGGUCCGCUGGACGGGAUGGUCGGUACGUUCGCGGAAGGUGGCUUCCAUUGUCCGAAGUUCUACAACCGGGCCGACUUCGCGUUGGAGGUGGCGUGCAAGCCACUGCGCGAGCUGGAACAGCUGGUGCAGCGCUACAGCAGAAUCGCCACCGACCGGAAGCAAUCGCGACAGGAAAACAGCCUCAAGGACGACGGUCGCAACGAGUGUUGGGCGGAUGAAGAUACCGGGCGAGAGCACACCAAACCGACAUCCAGCGGGCGUUAUCACAUUUCGCGUUGGAAGCAGUUUUAUGUGCUGUUGCGAAGGUCGUUGCGUGUGACUUCGAGAGAUUUUUUCUUUGCUCAACUUCGUGUUAUUGCCCACGUAUUGGUUGGAGUGCUGCUCGGGGCGGUGUUCUAUAACUCCGGUCAAGACGGUGCCCUGGUCAUGGUGAAUGGUGCCUGUUUGUUCUUCUUUCAGCUAUUCAUAUUCUUCGGCAAUUCUAUGCCGUGCGUUAUAACUUUUCCACUCGAAACCAAAGUGUUCAUACGGGAGCGGCUCAACAAUUGGUAUUCGCUCGAGGCGUACUAUUUGUCAAAAAUAGUCGCCGAUCUACCACUGCAGAUCCUAUGCCCGUCGCUGUUCCUCACGAUCGCUUACUACCUCACCGGACAACCGCUGGAGUGGGAACGGUUCGGUAAGCUCUGCCUGAUCCUGCUGCUGCUCGGCAUCUACGCCCAAACGGUGGGCCUGCUGUCCGGUGCCGCAUUUGACAUACAGAUGGCAACGUUCUUCGUGCCCUGCUUCAGCAUUCCCUCGCUACUGUUUUGCGGCUUUUUCGUCAAAUCGUACGAAAUGCACGAGUAUCUCAGCUACGUCGCGUACGCUUCGUUCUUCCGGUACAGCCUGCAAGGCUCGCUGCAGGCAAUUUACGGCGGCAACCGGGCGGCGUUUCCCUGCUCGAAGGACAUCUGCUACUACAACAAGCCGAGCAAGUUCCUCAAGUUCAUGGACACCCGGCAGGAUGGGUACUGGGAAAAUGUGUACGUACUGUUGGGAUUUAUUGCCGCGUUUCAAAUCAUUCUGUACAUUGUUUUGCGCUUACGGUUGAAAAUAUACAAAUAA